GAAAAACCAAAGACAGAAGGAAAUCACCACAGUCCAUACAGAAAUGGUAGGGUUCUUUGGCACCUCUGCUGCAUCUGAUCACUGUCAUUUGCUACCAAAAAAUGGAUCAGUUCACCAUGAACUGAUAAGACCACACCAUAACAGAUCAAGAAGUGUGAUCAGGUGCUGCAGCGCAGCAAGGGGAAGGACCAGGGAUUAUUACUACCAGGUGCUCGGUAUCACAGUUCAUUCCACACCUCAGGAAAUCAAGGAGGCUUACAGGAAACUCCAGAAGAAACACCAUCCAGACAUUGCCGGCUACAAGGGUCAUGACUACACGCUGUUGCUGAACGAGGCAUACAAGGUUUUGAUGCGAGAUAAUUCCAUGCAUGCUGGUGGAAGGGGCAGGAGUAGAGUGGGGUUAGGAGUCGGUUACACUGGGGAUGGAUACAGUUCUUGGAAUGGGCCUGUGAGAAGUCAAGCUCUCUUUGUGGAUGAGAACAAGUGCAUAGGAUGUCGGGAGUGCGUGCAUCAUGCUGCUAGGACAUUCGCCAUGGACGACGUUCUCGGCAGCGCACACGUGGAGAUCCAGUUUGGAGACCUGGACCAACAGAUUCAGCUGGCUGUGGAGUCCUGCCCCGUGAACUGCAUCCACUGGGUUGAGAGCCAUGAGCUGCCUGUGCUGGAAUUCCUGUCCCGUCCGCAACCCAAGGAAGGCCAUGGCAUAUUCGGCGGUGGAUGGGAACGGCCCCGGAAUGUGUUUGCAGCAGCCCAGAACUUCGCCAAGAGACUAGAAAGGGAGGAGCAGGAGCUGGAACGGGACCAAUCCUCCAGGAGCCCCAAUGACUGCGAAGCCGAGACGGAGGCGCAGGCCAAGGCAAGGCGCUGUGCAGGGGAGGAGCUCAGAUGGAAGACCCUGUUUGAUGCUUGGAAUGGGUUGAUAGGCUGUAGGAAACCUGGAACAGAUCGUUGAUGGUUGGUUGUUGAUGCUGCACAAAGUUGAGGAGUGUUAGAAAUCAAGUUUACUGGAUUACUCACAAUUACACUCAUAACACAGGAAUUUGAGAUACAGAGAUGAUGAGCUUGUUUCUUUAUUUUACUUUUCUUUUGAUCAUGCAUAUAUCAGAGGAAAGCACCUCCCUAUUUAUAGAGGAUGGAGGUUGGAUGGAUGUGUGUGAACUCUUUGAUGUUCUUCCCUCUCUUCAUUUAAUUUGGUCAUACUCAAAGUCUUUGAUUCAUA